AAGAAAAUACACUGAAACUGAACUCUUCGUCACCCAGAAGAAGAAAUGGCAGCCAUGGCUAAAAGCUCGGAUUUUGGAGCUUUCAUGGAGAAAUUUACUCUUCAUCCAACCUCUUCAUCCGAUCAACUGCCCUUAAGUGGCCUCACUUUUGCUAUUAAAGACAUAUUUGAUGUGAAUGGAUACGUGACUGGGUUUGGAAACCCUGAUUGGGCAAGGACCCAUCAGGCCGCCACUUCAACGGCGCCGGCUGUGUUGUCUGUCUUAGGUGCAGGUGCCACCUGCGUUGGCAAAACUGUAAUGGAUGAGAUGGCAUACGGUAUAUUUGGAGAAAAUAAACAUUAUGGGACACCCAGGAAUCCAUGUGCACCAGAUAGGGUACCUGGGGGAUCUUCAAGUGGAUCUGCUGUUGCAGUAGCAGCAAAGCUUGUAGAUUUCUCCCUAGGAACUGAUACUGGAGCAAGUGUCAGAGUCCCUGGAUCUUAUUGUGGAAUUCUCGGGUUUCGACCUUCACAUGAUGUUGUCUCUACUGCUGGAGUUAUUCCUAUGUCACAGAGUUUUGAUACAGUAGGAUGGUUUGCUAGGGAUCCUUCGAUUUUGAGUCGCGUUGGGCAUGUCCUGCUGCAUUUGCCUAUAGCGGAUCCUAUCAAACCAAUCCAGGUUAUUAUUCCGGAGGAUUGUUUCUCCCUGUCAGGCAUUCCGAGCAAUCGAACAACUGAAGUUCUUAUAAAAUCAGUGAAGAAGCUCUUUGGGGAUCAUAUUGUAAAGCACGUUGACCUUGGGGACUACGUGAAGGAUAAAGUACCAAGCUUGCAAAAAUUCAUGAAUGUGGGAGAUGGAGAUCCUCAGUAUAAUAUAGCAUCACUGGCUGCCCUUUCUAGUGCAAUGAGGUUGCUCCAAAGGUAUGAAUUCAAGAAUAAUCAUGCCGAAUGGAUCACUAGAGUGAAUCCUGAUUUAGGUCCAGAAAUAUCUAAACGGGUAUGGGAAGCUGUUAGAACAACGGGGGAAAAUAUUGAUACUUGCCACUCUGUAAAGAUCGAGUUUCGUGCUGUGCUUUCUGCCCUCAUUGGGGAUUCUGGCAUCCUCGCCCUUCCCACAAUUCCUGGGGCUCCUCCCAAACUACUAACAGAUCCAACAACACUGGAAGAUUUUGGAGUGCAAGCUUACAGCUUUUUGUCAAUUGCAGGAGUAUCCGGAUUCUGUCAGGUGAGCAUACCUUUAGGUAUGCACAAUAACCUUCCUGUGUCAAUCUCUUUACUGGCCAGACAUGGUUCGGAUUCAUUCCUGUUGAAUGUUGUCGAGACUUUGUAUGAUACUCUUCAACAAGAAAGUGAAAUUGCUGAGAAAAUGAUUAACUAAAUCCACGCCGUAUCUAAUGUUAUACAGUAAGUUUCAUUUGGCUUUGAGAUAAUUAUAUUAAUGGAAUCGUCCUGAUGCACUCUACUGCUUGAGUUAUUCCUAUCUAUUUGCAAUUAUAAAUUUAUAAUGCAUAC